GUGACGUCAUACGUGUGCGACACUGUGAAUGGAUGGAAACAAGCAGGUGAAAAUCUCUUGAUAGCUCGUUCUUUGUAUUACUUUGAAAUAACAUAUUACAAAAUAGGUACCCUUUUAACCAAAAUCAAUGCUAGUAGGCUUGCGUUCCAAAUUUAAGUCUCUGCUCCUACCGUUGAACCUCUUUAGCGCUAAGCUAAUGCUACUGCUGUAUGCUAACGCUUGUGUUGACAAGUUCUAUACCUUUGUGCCAACCCCAACUGUUUUUUACGCGGCGGUAUGAGUUAUAAGUCCGGAGGUGGAGGUGGUUGGCGAGGCAGAAGAGGGGGUAGUAGUAGAGGCUAUCGUGAUGGCAGCAGAGAAAGAGCCGACCACCGUGGAGGUGGUUGUAGUGGCGACUUCGACCAUGACAACAGCGGAGGUCGCCAUCCAUCACAUUUGAAGGGCCGUGAGAUUGGCUUGUGGUACGCAAGAUAUGGAGCCGUGAAGAAAAAACAGGCAGACCGGAGAUCGCGGGCAGUUGUCCAGAUGGAUGAGACCAGAGAGCAGCACAUUAUGAAACUCCUCGACUCAGUGUCCAAUGACCAGCCUGGUCUAAAUAGACCACCGCCCAGUAAAAGUAGUCACUGCUACUUUGAUGGAGACAUGACAGAAGAGGAAAAACAGAAGAUCAAAUUCAAGGAAGAAGAGGACAUUGGCGCAGCCAACAAGAAACGGCCCUUUAAAGAUGAGAUCCCUGACACUUGGGAUGAUGCUGAUGAUGAUGAUGACAAUGAUGGUAAUGAUGAUGUGGAGCAGCAGCAAAUGGACAAAAAUGAAGCAAAAGAAAAACCAAGGCAGAAAGACCGAUGUCUAGAGUUCUUACUGCAAGAAAUAACCAGAGAUGUCUUGCUGGAUGAGUCUUUGAAGAAAGAUCUGCAGACUAAGAUAUCAUACCCAAAGUACAGGGAAAUGCUGAUGUUCAGAGAGAAGUUGCCAUCCUAUGGAAAGAAAGAGGAACUAGUUCAGUUGAUCAACUCCAACCAAGUGCUGGUGGUGAGCGGCGAAACGGGCUGUGGAAAAACCACCCAGGUGACCCAAUUCAUCUUGGAUGACCACAUCAGCCGUGGCAUGGGCUCAAUGUGUCGUGUCGUUUGCACCCAGCCUCGUCGCAUCAGCGCCAUCUCGGUGGCAGAACGUGUGGCUGCCGAGAGGGCAGAAAAAGUUGGCAGCCGAAAUUCAUGUGGUUAUCAAAUUCGCUUGCAGAGCCAGUUACCAAGGAAACAAGGUUCCAUCCUGUACUGUACAACGGGCAUUAUCCUUCAGUGGCUUCGCUCAGACCCGAGAUUAUCAAGUAUCAGCCACUUGGUUCUGGAUGAGAUCCAUGAGAGGAGCCUGCACUCUGAUGUGUUGCUCACUAUUGUCAAGGAUCUGCUUGAUGUGCGACAUGACCUCAAGGUCAUCCUGAUGAGUGCUACGCUCAAUGCUGAGAAAUUCUCCAAGUACUUUGACAAUUGCCCCAUGAUCCACAUCCCAGGCCUGACCUUUCCAGUGGAGGAGUUCCUUUUAGAGGAUGUUGUAGAGAUGACAAGGUAUCGUCCCAAGAACCCAGACCGUCGUCCUGCCUGGAAAAGAGGCUUCUGGCAAGGACGCCACUCCAGACCUGAAAAGGAAAAUAAGGAAGCCGAAUACAAGGAGAGCUGGCCUUGUUACGCUCGCACACUCAAGGCUAGAUACUCAGAGAGCACCAUUGCUUCUCUCGAGAUGCUGGAUAGUGACGACAAGAUUGAUUUGGAACUCAUCUUGGUGCUUAUCCGACAUAUUGUGCUUAACGAAGAGCAGGAAGGAGCCAUUUUAGUUUUUUUGCCUGGCUGGGACAACAUCAGCAGCCUCAAUGACUUGUUGAUGGCACAGCAAAUGUUCAGAUCAGAUCGUUUUGUUAUCAUCCCUCUGCACUCCCUCAUGCCAACGGUUAAUCAGACUCAGGUGUUCAAACGGCCUCCACCUGGCGUGCGGAAGAUUGUGAUCGCUACCAAUAUCGCUGAAACGAGCAUCACAAUAGAUGAUGUGGUUUUUGUGAUUGAUGGAGGCAAAAUCAAGGAAACCAAUUUUGACACCAACAACAACAUUAGUACAAUGACUGCCGAGUGGGUGAGCCUGGCCAAUGCCAAACAGAGGAAAGGCCGUGCUGGGAGAGUGUGCCCGGGGAAGUGCUAUCAUCUGUACAACGGUCUCCGAGCCAGCCUUCUGGAUGCUUACCAAUUACCAGAAAUCAUGAGAACGCCACUGGAGGAGCUAUGCCUGCAGAUCAAGAUAUUAAAGCUUGGGGGAAUCGCUCACUUCUUGCAGAAAGCUCUGGACCCUCCUACUGAAAAGGCUGUGAAUCUGGCCAUAAAGAACCUUAAAGACCUGAACGCCUUGGACCACUCGGAGAACCUGACGGCGCUCGGUGUCCACCUGGCUCGCCUGCCUGUUGAGCCUCACAUCGGAAAGCUCAUUCUGUUUGGAGCACUGCUAGGCUGCCUCGACCCCGUGCUCACCAUCGCCGCUUCCCUCAGCUUCAAAGACCCUUUCUUCAUACCCCUGGGCAAAGAGGAGAUGGCAGACAAGAGGAGGAAAAUGCUGUCCAGGAACACUAAAAGCGAUCACCUCACUGUGGUUAAUGCUUUUCAGGGCUGGCAAGAAGCUAAACAGCGUGGUGGUCGGUGCGAGCGAGAUUUCUGCUGGGACAACUUCCUGUCUGCCAACACACUUCAAAUGCUACACAACAUGAAGGGCCAAUUUGCUGAACAUCUCAUGCACGCAGGCUUUGUCAGCAGCAAGGACCCUAAAGACCCCAACUCUAAUGUCAACUCAGAUAACGAGAAGUUGAUCAAAGCAGUGAUUGUCGCUGGGCUGUAUCCUAAGGUAGCCAUGAUCCGACCAUCACACAGUAAAAAGAGACCCGGGGUUAAAGUGUACACUCAGCAUGACGGGAAGGUUUGCAUCCACCCAAAGUCCGUCAAUUAUGAGGAGACCAACUUCAACUACACAUGGCUCAUCUAUCACCUCAAGAUGAGAACCAGCAGCAUCUUCCUGUACGACUGCACCGAAGUGUCACCCUUCUCGCUGCUCUUUUUCGGAGGUGACAUCACCAUCCAGAAGGAUGACGACCAGGAGACCAUCGCUGUGGACCAGUGGAUAGUCUUCAGGUCACCGGCGCGAACUGCUCAUCUUGUCAAGAGUCUGAAGCAAGAGCUGCAUUCUCUUCUGGAGGAUAAGAUCCGCAGGCCAGCCCCUGUGGACUGGCAGAACCGUCAGUCCAAAGAUUGUGCCGUCAUCACGGCCAUCAUCGAUCUCAUCACCACGCAGGAGACGACGGCAGCGAGGGUUGGGGGUCGCGACAGAAGCCACGACAGGACGUGGACCCCAAGAGGACAACACAUUUACUUCAAUGACGAGGACAGCGAUGAGGACAAUUAGUGCGGGAUGAGAUCUUAGAAGCUGAAUUGCAGGUCGCUGGCUUAUUUAUUGGGAAACCACCCACCUAGUAGUCAUUUCUUACAAACUAAACUAUUAAUAAGUGAAAGCAGGACUUUUGUAUGUGAUUUGAAUGAUCACCUGCAAACAUUUUGCAAAGCACAUCAUGUAACACCAACAUCUGCUCAGUACAGUAUUCGUGUUAGAAGUGUACAGAAUUUGUGAAACCAUUUAAAGUGUAAAUGUUAUGACAAUAUGAAAUAAAAUAUCUUCAUCAGUGUUUGAUAAACCUUUAAUUUAUUUUUAGCUUUAUGCCCAAAUUGGGGUAAUUAGAACAUAUUUUGCCAUAACAUCCACGCAUGCUUUGUGCAAUAUGAGCACAAAACGUAUUUGGCGGAAAACACAGAUAAGACUGAAAAAGCAGUUUCUGCUCUUGCACUCCUCUUUAAAAGACACUGUUGUAUUUUAAGACAAAACAACUGUUGUGUUGGAUAGAACUAUAUGUUUAUAUACUGACAUGGCAGAUUCAUGGCGCAUUAAGCCCCCAAACUAUUUUUAAUUUUUCCGUUUUACCCUGGAAAGCCCUGUUUACAGAUGUCGCGCAACCGCUUUUGUUUCAACCCAGCAAUAAAACAAAGGUAAUUACAUUUAUUAUUCAAAAUGUCAUUUUAACCUUAGAACAGUACUUCUCAAAUAGUGGGGCGCGCCCCCCUGGGGGGGCGCAGAGCGAUGCCAGGGGGGGCGCAUGUGACCUCGGGGAACAUGUUUUUUUUGGUUUUUUUUUUUUUACCGUACUGGAAUAAAGUGUACUUGCACAUCCACUCAGUACUGUAGGUGGCAGUGGCGCUCUCAUUUUCAGAGUGCGCGCAGUAUUUUUGAACUAAGGAGAGCACUCAGCACACACAGACAACAGAUAUGAAGAGCAGUGUGCCACCGCCAUUUUCGAAAGCCGUUUUCCGACCGGACUCACUCACGCAGCGACCCACUGUCUUGUCCGGUUCUCACGUCGCCGCCUGAGAAGUGCCAUUUUCGGCUUGGGAUCGUCACGACGACCGCCCUCGCCUACGGUUCUACCUCGGCCGCCGUGAAUGCACUUUUUUCGUGCCGUUUGCCUUUUAGCUUUGACUUUUAAUACAGUGGGUGAUGAUGAAAGACCACUGUUUACUGUGUCUAAAAAUAAUUAUAGCAGACAGCCAGAAGCCAAAUCAAUUAAGACGCCACUUAAAGACAUUAGACCCCAAUCUCAUUGUUAAGCCGCUUGAUUUUUUCAGUGAAAACGUGCCGAAUAUUGCCAACAAUCGUCCUGCUUUGUCAGUGUUAUAUCAGUAAGCCAGUGAGCAUUGUUAGCAUGCUCAUUGCAAAUUAACUCCACACCAUUGCAAAGGAGGUAAAUACUGUGAGCAGCAAAAAUAAAAACUGUCCUGUCCAAGGACACUUUUUUCUUCUUCUUUUAUUCAGAUUUGUUUUUUCGGUCAAAUUUUUUGGCACAUUGUCCUCAUGAGUGAAUGUUUCUAAUCAAUUUUAAUUUGUUAUUAUUUACUGAUUUUAUUACAUUUUAUUUUUCUGUAUCAAAUGGUCAAAAAUGUACCUUGAGUGUAUUUUUUAGUUUGGAUGUGAGUUUUUUUUUUUUUUUUU